GACAGAGACAAGAGGCGCCCUCGGACGCAGCCAGCCAGCAGCUGAGGGGACCGCUUGGAGCACAACAAGUCAGCUGCGUGCAGCCUGGACGAGCCAGUCGCCGGCAAACGGGCCACCCUCGCACACUCUCCCAGGCGGACGUCUCCAGACAACAUGUCGGGCACAACAGUGGAAGGCUACAAACUUGGAGCCCUUAUUAUCGAGGGAAAGACCAAGAGAGUGUAUGAUCUCCCCGACCAACCUGGCCUUGCAUUCCUUCAAAGCAAGGACAGGAUUACAGCUGGAGAUGGUGUGAAGGCACAUGACCUUGCUGGCAAAGCUGCCAUUUCAAAUCGCACCAAUGCUAAGGUUUUUGAAAUCCUGAAUGCAGCGGGCCUGAAGACUGCCUUUGUGAAGGUGGCAGGAGAAACUGCCUUCGUUGGCCGUAAGUGUGAUAUGGUACCUAUUGAGUGGGUUACCCGAAGGUUGGCCACAGGAUCAUUCCUGAAAAGGCACCCUGGUGUAGAAGAAGGAUAUCGUUUCAACCCUCCUUGCCAAGAAACCUUUUUCAAGGAUGAUGCUAAUCAUGAUCCUCAAUGGUCUGAAGCUCAGAUUAUUGCAGCCAAAUUCAAGCUUAAUGGGCGUCUCAUCGGCCAAGAUGAAGUUGACAUUAUGCGAAGAAUGACUUUGGUUGUUUUCGAGGUCUUGGAGAAAGCCUGGGCUGCCAGAGGCUGUGCGCUUAUUGACAUGAAGAUUGAAUUUGGAGUUGAUUCUAAUGGAGAAAUUUUGGUUUCUGACAUCAUUGACAGUGAUUCAUGGCGACUUUGGCCAUCUGGAGACAAGCGCCUGAUGAAGGACAAGCAGGUUUAUCGCAACCUUUCUACCGUCACUCAGGCUGAUUUGGACACUGUCAAGCGUAAUUUUGAAUGGGUGGCUGAACAGUUGGAACACCUUGCCCCGACACCUAAUUGCUUAGUUGUUGUUCUCAUGGGCUCCCCUUCAGAUGAUGAACACUGCAAGAAGAUUGCAAAGUGCUGCAAAGAUCUUGGUGUACCUUGCCAACUAAGAGUUUCGUCAGCUCACAAGGGAACAGAAGAAACACUCCGCAUUGUUGCUGAUUAUGAAGGCUCUGGAGUUAAAGUUGUCUUCAUUGCUGUUGCUGGACGAAGCAACGGGCUAGGACCAGUGUUGUCAGGCAACACAACUUAUCCAGUCAUCAACUGCCCUCCUGUCAGGUCUGAUAAUGUCACCCAAGAUGUUUGGUCAUCCCUCAACGUUCCAUCAGGUCUUGGAUGUACCACAGUUGUAUACCCUGAAGCUGCAGCCCUUGCAGCUGCACAAAUUCAUGCUCUCCAUGACAUUGUCAUCUGGUCUCGUCUUCGGGUGAAGCAACUUAACAACUUUGUGUCUCUGAAAGUAGCCGACAAGAAGAUGCGUGACUUGGUUCUGUAAGAAGUAAAGUUCAUCCACAUGGAACCCCACACCAUUAUCAUAUUUCACAACAUUCUUAAUGUAACUCAGAUUUAUCAGUUCUUUUAUGAAAUACUUGGAAAAUGAAAUUUAACUUUGUACCUGCAAAAAUAUUUUAAUUCGAUUGCUACACGCCACUUGUUUAAAUUAUAAGCUCUAUUAAAAAACACUUCAUUGUUCUUAA